AUGCAAAUCUCAAUAGCAGUAGCCAAUUCGGCAAUUGGCUCUAAUUAUAUAAAAAACAGACCAUAGUUCAGCUAUCAGAGCAGAGCAUAUAUCCAAAUUGAUGAAAAAUAAGGUAAUAAUAAUAUAAAAUCAAAUUUUUAGAUUGGGCAAGUUUUUAAAUAAUAAGAACUUCAAAAUAGCUUUGGAAAAUAUUCAAACAUACUAAUAAUGCCAACCUUUGGGAUUUUAGAUUCCGAACUUAUUCUGAAUAAAAUAUGAAUGAUUAAUGUGUAAUACGCGCUAAAUCCUAUUCGUUUGCUCUUCACCAAAUUACUCCUGUAAGCUAAACUAUACCUGUAGAAAACUUAAGUCUAUAAAAUUGA